UUUCUCCUCCAAGGAUAGAAUGCUUCCUACAGUUGCCAUCAAAGAGGCCAUGCUCCUGGUAGGGUUGGUGGCGAAAUCAACUACCAAACACGGGCGCGAGUCGUGGUGUGCGAGCAAAUUUGACUCGCAUGCACGGCCUGCGGCACAGGGAACGGUGAGCAGCUACGCCGUGCGGAUUACACCACAACCGACGCUGCCUCGUGGGAAACAUAACCAAACGAAACGCUACUUGGACACGUCGUGAUUCGGCGUUCGGCGUGGACACCGAACAGAAAGUCGUGCACUGUGGAAGUGCAAGGCAAUUUGCGCAAGCUUUGUGGUGAAGUGGAUCCUGGUGCAGAGCACCCCUUCACACACACACACACACACACACCGCAUCCCGGACGCCUGAAAACAAUUGUCCCGAAUGCGAACACUCGCUUUCGAGACAGCAUGCCGAGUAGGGCAGCGUCGAUGCGAAGACAGCGCCCAAGCUGCUUACAUUGGCGACGUCUCAUGGGUCAAAAACGCUCUCGAAGAAUGGCUCGAACUCGGCUGCGCUAGACGGGCCCCAUGCAGUGGUGCCGUGACAAACCGAUGUGACCGAGCAUGCACGGGAACCUAGAUCGUCGCGUCCGUAGGCAAGUCGACGCGUGCGCGAACAGUUGGGAGCAACAUAACACGAUAUUUCCAAGAAGAUACCAGAACCUGUUUCCCACAAUUGCGACCAAAGAAAGAGUGCUCUUUGUCGGGUUGGUGGCCAAAUCAACUACCAAACAUGGUCGCGACUCGUGUGCGAGCAAAUUUGGCUCGCAUGUACGGCCUGCGGCACAGGGAACGGUGUGCAGCUACGCCGUGCGGAUUACACCACAACCGACGCUGCCUCGUGGGAAACAUAACCAAGCGAAACGCUAAUUGGACACGUCGUGAUUCGGCGUGGACACCGAACAGAAAGUCGUGCACUGUGGAAGUGAAAGGCAAUUUGUGCAAGCUUUGUGGUGAAGUGGAUCCUGGUGCAGAGCACCCCUUCAGACACACACACACACACACACAAACAAACACACACACACACACCACAUCCCGGACGCCUGAAAACAAUUGUCCCGAAUGCGAACACUCGCUUUCGAGACAGCAUGCCGGGUAGGGCAGCGUCGAUGCGAAGACAGCGCCCAAGCUGCUUACAUUGGCGACGUCUCAUGGGGCAAAAACGCUCUCGAAGAAUGGCUCGAACUCGGCUGCGCUAGACGGGCCCCAUGCAGUGGUGCCGUGACAAGCCGAUGUGACCGAGCAUGCACGGGAACCUAGAUCGUAACGUCCGUAGGCAAAUCGACGCGUGCGCGAACAGUUGGGAGCAACAUAACACGAUAUUUCCAAGAAGGUACCAGAACCUGUUUCCCACAAUUGCGACCAAAGAAACAAUGCUCUUUGUCGGGUUGGUGGCCAAAUCAACUACAACAAACAUGGGCGCAACUCGUGUGCGAGCAAGUUUGACUCGCAUGUAUGGCCUGCGGCACAAGGAACGGUGUGCAGCUACGCCAUGCCGUUGCGAAACGCUGCUUGGGCAUGCCGUGAUUCAGCAUGUUACCAAAAUUAUCCUUGGUUGCGACGAGCGAGCGCAGACUCCGACGGAGCUGAUACUUAGGAGCGCCCCCGCUCCACGGUAGCGAAACAGUACUCAGUACGUCUUCGAGCCUCGAGAAGGGCGCCUGCCUCGUGUCAGCGACAAGUGCGAGGCGCGCAAGGGGGCGGACAGCGGGAACGCAACGAGCCAACAAGCCCGCCAACGGUCGUCGUGUCUCCAUUCUCCGGCCCCCGUCCUCGACCCCGUGCUCCUCUGCCGCUCCUUGCCCACCCUGAAGAUCCUGGACGGGGGCCGCACUGCCCAUCGUCUUAUUCAACAGACUCCAUGUCCUGCGCUCUGUGUCCUAGACCAUAGACCGCAAGGCCCUACACCGUAACCUCUAGAUUACGCGGGAUGGAUGGGACAGCAGCAGAGACCUUAAGAAAGCGGGGUGUGGCGUCCGGGUGCCCAUCGCCCACCGCGCGGGGCCCAUACCGACGGCUGCUGACCCAGCUGAUCUCGACAAGGGUCAUGCGAACAAGUAUCUUCUUGCCCUGCGACAGUGGGCAAGGGGAGGGGCACCAGUCCAGCUCCAAGGACGCGCAGAGGCAGAGGUUCAGGCGGCGCAUGUACGCCGAGCGCAGCAAGAUGGGGUCCCCCAAGGUGGCCGUGGCCGGAGCGAUCCUAUCCUCGUGCUGGAAGUACGCACAGUGGACGAAGGAGAUGAGCCGUUUUCUCUGGCUGAUUUUCACCAGCGUGAGGAAGCCGUCGUCCUCCUCGGAGAGCCUCAUGUGCGUCUGGAACGCGCCGGUGACACUAUCGAUCUUCCAUGCUGGACUCAACGUAUCCACGCAGGCACUGACGUUGGCGUCCUCGAGGUUCCUAGCGGGCGAGCUGCCAGAAGACAAGGGCGAGGACGAGCGGACUCGCUCGUCUCCCUCGUCACAGGGCAGGCCGUUCGUCAAGAGUGGUCCCGCCUUGCCCUCCUACCUCAGGAGCUCCGCCGCGCGUUCCCCGGCCUGCUGCUCGCGGAUGCCCACGAGAUGGAACUGCUGGCUCUCCUGGAGGAAACCCCACCACGAACACCUCAACCUCCAGAGUGAUUCCAGCGCUACAUGCCGGUCAGAGGUAAAAACAUGAAGUAGGAAGAAGGAUUAAGUUGAUUGGGUCCAGGCCCUCCGAGAGAAGCAUGUCGGUUCUUGAAGAAGGAAGGCGCUUGAAGUAGAUUGGGAUCUGGGAAUCCAAAAAUCCCACCAGCCCUUUGGGCGUGAGUGGUUUAGCGAGCUCUCUCUGUUCUCAACCCCCC